AUGAGUAAAGCCGAUGUAGUAAAUGAAAUUCAUAGAAAUGCUAGGGUGAAUUUCCCACGUAGAAAUGUUAUUACGAAAGAUAUAGAUUAUUUAUGGCAAGCAGACUUAAUUGAUAUGCAAUCAGUUACUAAGGAAAACAAAAACUUCAGAUUUAUUCUUACCGUCAUUGAUACAUUUUCGAAAUACGCUUGGGCUUUUCCAAUUAAUACUAAAAGUAAAGAGGACAUAGGCGAUACUCUUAAUAAUGUUAUUUACGAAUACAAUCACACUUAUCAUCGAACUAUUGGUGAAAUUCCAGCCAAUGUUAACAAUAAAAGUAAACAACAAAUACUACAGAGAUACCUUAUAUUGGUAAAGAAUGAUAAUGUAAAACGUAAGUUUAAAGUAGGUGAUUAUGUGCGUAUAAGCAAAUAUAAAGGUACAUUCGAAAGAGGAUAUACUCCAAAUUGGUCGACAGAAAUAUUUAAAAUUCGAAAAUUACAGAACACAAUUCCAACCACUUACUUAAUUGAAGAUACAAUUAGAGGUCAACCAAUUUUAGGAGGAUUUUAUGCGCAAGAGCUACAAAAGACUAAAAAUCCAAAUAUAUAUUUAUUCGAAAAAGUUUUAAGAAGGAAAGGAAAUAAAGUUUUAGUAAAAUGGAUAGGUUUGUCUUCUAGUGAAAACAGUUGGAUCGAUAAGUCAAAUUGA